ACUCCAGUUACAAGAUAUCUAUGUUACGACUGCGAGAGUAGAAAUAAACAAAAGACGGGCUCUGAAAUAUCAAUGUUUUUGCAGCUGAAAUCGCGGCCAAGUCGGAUACGAUCAUUGUAUUUAAUCAAUCAGACAUUCAUUUAUUGGAUUCGUUAAUUCCAUGGCAAUGCAUAACGAGUUAUCGUUGCGAGUAAGUGUUUUCUCCGAGCAAGGAGGAAGAAAAUACAUGGAGGAUGUUACCGAGGUUGUGUUAGAGUACGAGCCGAGCGAGGACGAGCUUGGCUCGGUUGGACAUGGGGACUCAAAAGCAGACUACCACCCUGAAGAUCAGCUUGCUGAGCAGCCCUCCACUCAUGUUGCAGACUCUGUGUCCGAAACCGCAACUUCACCCGUCAAUGUUAUGUGGACACAAAAUCUAACAACAGAGGAGCAAGGAGAGAAGGCCAGUAUAACGUUAGACAUUAACUCUGCAGAGGAAACGACAGUAAGUUUAUCACAAUCAAAGACAGAACCUGCAUCGGAGUCGCGAAGGUCUGUGGCGUUUUUUGCCGUCUUCGACGGUCAUGGAGGUCGGGAGGCAGCACAUUUCGCUCGAGAUCAUCUAUGGGACUUUAUAAAGAAGCAACGGGGAUUUUGGUCCAAAGACUACAGGGAUGUAUGUGUGGCGAUUCGAAAGGGUUUCAUAGCCUGUCACCAUGCAAUGUGGAAAAAGCUCCCUGAAUGGCCUAAGACCAUUACUGGUCUUCCAAGCACCUCAGGCACAACAGCCAGUGUUGUAGUGAUCCGUGGAGACCGCAUGUAUGUGGCGCAUGUGGGAGACUCAUCUGUGGUGCUUGGGGUCAGGGAGGAUCCGUCGGACAAGGCCGUCAAAGCUGUGGAAGUCACACAAGACCACAAGCCAGAGCUCCCCAAAGAGAGGCAACGAAUCGAAGGCCUUGGUGGCAGUGUGGUGAAGAAGUCAGGGGUGAACCGUGUGGUGUGGAAAAGGCCAAGACUGACUCAUAAUGGUCCCGUGCGAAGGAGCACGGUCAUAGAUCAGAUCCCUUUCCUUGCUGUGGCUCGAGCUCUUGGCGAUCUGUGGAGCUAUGACUUCUACAGCGGAGAGUUUGUGGUGAGUCCAGAGCCAGACACCAGUGUAGUUACGCUCGACCUCAGGCGGCACCGCUACAUCAUCGUGGGCAGCGACGGCCUGUGGAACAUGGUGCCUCCGCAGGAAGCCGUCACCGUGCUGCAGAGCCACGACGAGGCCGCGGCUCCUUUUGGCAUGUCCUGUGCCCGGAGGUUGGGGUGCCACGCUCUUCUGCGCUGGCGCCAGCGCAUGCUGCGCGCGGACAACACCAGUGUCAUCGUCAUCGCUCUGCCCGAGCCGGGCAAGUCUCAGCUGCCCAUGCACCGUGACGAGGUCAUCCUCAACCUGGCCGAGGGUCCCCAGUACGACCCGCCGGGCGACUCCCGUGCCGACACGCCUCUGAUCAAGCAGACACCUGAGCCGGUCAUGGUGUUUCCCAGCGGAGACUCACCGCCCCCUCUGGAGCGAGCCAACGGUCUGUCGGGGGGCAGUCUCUGCGACCUGUCGGACACACUGGCCGGAUCGGUCCCUGAGGUUUCCGUCCUCUCGGGCACUGCCCUGACCGGCUGGUCGGACGAAGUGGAACGGACCCCGGGGCGGACCCUCUUGGGCCCCGUAGCGAAGCGGCCCCGCCGGGGCAUGCAGCGCUCCCUGCACCACCCCUACCGGCGCCGGAAUGCUGAGCGGACCCCUCUGAGACGUGGCGGCCGGGCCCAGAAACGAGCGCCCAACGUCUCGCCCAUCCUGCAUCAGCACCGGAAAGCAGCCCUGUGUGUGUGUUGAGUGCCAGAGCGUGUCUCUCUCCCUCUUUCUCUCUCUCUCUCUCUCUCUCUCUCUCUCU